AUUUGCUUUCUCUUCAACCAAUCAGUACACUGUCACUCAACUAGAACAUUUCUAUGUUCGGUAGAGGAGGAAGGGAGCGAACGAGCAGUUGUAUUACAGAUUACCACAGUUUACAAGGACCAGUUUUCUGCUUCUCGCUCCCUGCUGCUGCAGACCGUUCUGCUGAUCGAGGUGCCCACUCCAUCUCUUUCAUUGUCAGAAGACCAUGGAGACAGAAAUUGAACAACAAGAUGAGGCUUCGUUCAGCGGCACAGAAACUAAUGGUAAGCGCCCUGCUGAGGAUGCAGAUGAGCAGAAAUCAUUCAAGCGUUCCAGGAACUCAGACGAGAUGGUCGAGCUGCGCAUCCUCCUGCAGAGCAAAAAUGCAGGAGCUGUAAUUGGGAAGGGUGGAAAAAACAUCAAAGCCCUUCGUACAGACUACAAUGCCAGUGUGUCAGUCCCAGACAGCAGUGGGCCUGAGCGCAUCCUGAGCAUCAGUGCUGACAUCGAGACAGUUGGAGAAAUCCUGCUCAAGAUUAUCCCAACACUGGAAGAGUACCAGCAGUACAAUGGUAUGGAUUUUGACUGUGAGCUCCGUCUGCUGAUCCACCAGAGCCUGGCUGGCUCAAUCAUCGGGGUAAAGGGAGCCAAGAUCAAGGAACUCCGGGAGAACACAAAGACCAGCAUCAAGCUGUUUCAAGAGUGUUGUCCGCAGUCGACAGACCGGGUGGUGCUGGUUGGUGGUAAAACAGAGAGGGUGGUAGAGUGUAUCAAAACUAUGCUGGAGCUUAUCGCUGAGGCUCCCAUAAAGGGCCGUGCACAACCCUACGACCCUAAUUUCUAUGAUGAAACCUAUGAAUAUGGUGGUUUUACAAUGAUGUUUGAAGAGAGGGGUAACAGCCGCAGGCUUAUGGGAGGGUUCCCAAUGCGCAGUGGCAGGUCCAGCGGUGGAGACCGUGGGUUUGACCGAAUGCCCUCUAGCAGAGUGGGACGGGGACCCAUGCCCCCCUCCCGUCGAGACUAUGAUGAGAUGAGCCCCCGCCGAGGUCCUCCUCCACCCCACCCAAGUAGGGUUGGUAGAGGGAGUACCCGUGGACGCAGCAUGCCUAUGGGACAUCCGCACAGAGGAGGAGAUGAUCGUUACUAUGACUCGUACCGUGGCUCAGAUGACAGGUCAAAUGACAGAAGAGGCAGACCGGAUCGCUAUAGCGAUAACAUGAGUGGAGGAGGAUAUGACAACAGCUCCUCCUGGGAUAGCUACCAGUCAGGUGGACGAGGCUCCUAUAAUGACAUGGGUGGCCCUGUCAUCACUACACAAGUGACGAUCCCUAAAGAUCUCGCUGGCUCCAUCAUUGGUAAGGGAGGCCAGCGCAUCAAACAGAUCCGCCACGAGUCUGGAGCCUCCAUCAAGAUCGAUGAGCCUCUUGAAGGUUCUGAGGAUCGAAUAAUCACCAUAACUGGCACCCAGGAUCAGAUCCAGAAUGCCCAGUACCUUCUACAGAACAGUGUGAAGCAGUACUCUGGCCAUUUGCUGUAGACCCAGGAGACUCAGAUUGAAGCAGACUCAGAUUGUUCCCUUCUCCCCACCCCUCUCAGCCUUUCUGCCCCUGUCCAUCACC